CAAGAUGAUUAUGGUUCUGGAUAUGCAAGUAUUAUACAGUUGCCCAUUUAAUUUUUAUUUUUUUAAGUUUUCAAUGGAUGGACUGAUGCAUCCAAUAACCUCUCUGCUUCCCAGUUCUUUUCCCCUGCGGUGAUCCCGUUUUGACGCCGAGACUAAAACAAAAAGCAGUGUGAAUGGUAAAGGAGCGAGCAGGAAGGGAGAAAGCAAGAGGAGGCGGCGAGUCUUUGUAGUCUACGAGGAAUGCGGAAACGCUCCUGCUCUGUGUCAAACUGCUCUGAAGGGGGUCAAGGCACAUUCAGCCAGCGUGGGAAAGCGAGGAGGAGACCGAGCACUCACAAGCACUGCAUAUUCUUGCAUAGAUGGGAAAAACAUAAAAAGGGGAAGGACGGUUGGAGCGGAUCGAUGAAAAUCCACCACAUUUGAUCAACUCGGCUUUCUCGAGAGAGUGAUCAGGCCACCCCUUUCACUUGUUUUGCCUGUUGAGUUGCCGUUGAAGUGGUGUGGUACCGCUGGAAGAUGGGGGUUAACGCGUGCACCAUCCGACUACCUGUGUGGCCCAUUGCUAGGACACCGCAAAGGCUGUGAUGUCUGUGGAGACGCUGGGAAAGUGAGCUCCGCUUUCUGCAACUUUAUGAAUGACGCGACUCUCCAGGUGGAAUAUACGAAACUAGGCAGUGCACGUGCCAGCGCCGCUCUCCCAAUAAUGCCUUUGUGAAAUAUCCGCGCGAUCAUCACGUUUCGGGAUUCCCCUCUGUACUUCGCCGUAAGAGAAAAAAAAAACAUGGACAAAGAGACCCAACAAUAUGAGCCGGUGGCGGAGAUUGGCGAAGGUGCGUACGGGAAGGUGUACAAAGCACGGGAUUUGAAGAACGGGGGCCGAUUCGUGGCCCUGAAAAGAGUUCGCGUGCAGACCGAAGAAGAGGGAAUGCCCUUGUCUACCAUCCGCGAGGUGGCUGUGCUGAGGCAGCUGGAGUCCUUUGAGCAUCCCAAUGUGGUCAGGUUGUUUGACGUAUGCACAGUUUCCAGGACUGACCGGGAAACCAAACUAACUUUGGUCUUUGAACAUGUGGACCAAGAUUUAACCACAUACUUGGAGAAAGCACCUGAUCCAGGAGUACCCCCUGAAACCAUAAAGGAUAUGAUGUACCAGCUGCUGCAGGGUCUGGAUUUCCUCCACUCUCACCGUGUGGUUCAUCGAGAUCUUAAGCCUCAAAACAUUCUAGUCACCAGUGGUGGACAAAUCAAACUUGCUGAUUUUGGUCUGGCGCGGAUCUACAGCUUUCAGAUGGUUCUUACUUCAGUGGUUGUCACAUUAUGGUAUCGUGCUCCAGAGGUGCUGCUUCAGUCCAGCUAUGCUACUCCUGUAGAUCUGUGGAGUGUCGGCUGUAUCUUUGCAGAGAUGUUCAGACGGCGCCCUCUUUUCCGUGGGAACUCCGAUGUUGACCAGUUAGGCAAGAUUUUUGAUGUGGUGGGUGUCCCUUCUCCAGAGGACUGGCCACAGGAGGUGGGCUUGCCACAAAGUGCCUUUUCCCCUCGCCCUCCCCAGCCCAUAGAGAACCUGGUGCCUGACAUGGAUGAGUUGGGCAAAUUGCUUUUACUUCGUUUUCUGUCAUUUAACCCCUCCAGAAGGAUAUCAGCUUAUGAUGCACUGUCCCAUCCAUACUUCCAGAGUCUGGAUAGCACCAGCAAGAGUCUUUAUGCCCAACCCUUCCCUAGCAAAAAGCCCUCCCUGGAUGAGAGAGCUGCUUGAAAGACAUGGAUAUUCAUUGUAGACAUUGACCCCAAUCCUUACAGAACAUUUCUGUUCUAUUUUUGUCCCUACUUAGUGUUUUUUAAAAAAAAAAAAAAAAUAUUUAACCCCUCCAGAAGGAUAUCAGCUUAUGAUGCACUGUCCCACCCAUACUUCCAGAGUCUGGACAGCACCAGCAAGAGUCUUUAUGCCCAACCAUUCCCUAGCAAAAAGCCCUCCCUGGAGGAGAGAGCUGCUUGAAAGACAUGGAUAUUCAUUUAAGACAUUGACCCUGAUCCAGUCCCCCUUUGAACUUGUCUUCCAUAGCAUAACAUCACAUGCUGCUUUUAGAAUUUAAUUGAAAUACCAACUCCAAUAUUGGUUGAUCAUUUUUGCUCUCACUACUGCCAGCAAAUACAGACCAACAACAGAUAAACAUGCUGCCUGGAAUAACAUUCAAAAUGACAGAAGCUGCUCUUUUCUGCUCAGAGGAAAAUGUGCUUCUCGAUUCUGAAGCUGCAUCACAACACUGCCAGGGAUCAUCCUUCUGUUGGCAUGAAUGCAAUUUACAUGGACAGAUCUAAACUGAGACUUAGUUGCAUAUCACUGCCAUGAAACCGCAAUGUCUUAUGUGGGAUCGUUUUAGUUUUACUUGGAGAUAGCACAAAUAGAACCGCAACUACUGCAAAUUUGGGCCCGUUGAACGGAACCUCUUAUUUUACACCUUUAUGAUACAAUGGCUAAUUCAUAUUUUUUGCGCUCACACUUCUGAAGCCCUCUCGGUCAUAGGCCUGGAGGAUUUAGUUUUGUUUUCUGUCAUUGUGUGACUGUUUUGUUACCGUGCAGUCCAAGCAGGAGUGUGUGGACACAGCUCCUCAUGUGACUUGGACACUGAUGCAUAGCCAUUUUAAUGACUGCAUAACUAAGGACACGCAGAAUCGUUUGGUGUUCAGUUGAUUAUGGCAUUUCACCAUUUCGCGUUCCCUCCUUGCAAGUCUCCCAAGUAUCCUGGUAUUCCCGUCAUUGAAUCGACCAGAACAGAUGCUACCAAACUCUUUGACUUCAAGCACUAUUUAACACCAUAUUUCCUUGACAUUAUAAUGUAAUUUUACAUGUAUUGUUUUUCAUUUAUGAAUUCUACAUCCUAUUCACUUAUUUUAUUAUGUCAGUGUUGAUUGUUGACAUCUUUUUGUUUUUGGCAUUUUGUUAUGUCUUAAUUUUAGAGAACUUGAAGGUGUAUGUUGUUUAGAAAGCUAUACAAUGUUGACUUAUACCAAACAGUCUGCACCCUGUUGUCAGAGAUUUAGUGCCAAGACUUAGCCUAAAUAGUCAAAGGAUGACUUUAGGGUUGGAUUAGAGCAGAAAUAAGCCAAGAUGGGUAACAGAAAUACAGAGAAUAGUUUUGAAAGUCUAGUAAAAGUAGCUGUAGAGUUGGUGAGUGUUAUGUUAAAGGUCAGGUUGUGAGAUUUGUUUGCGGCUUGGAGGGUAAUGUAUUAUCCCAUUAUUGAUCGAUUGAUUCAGUCCAGGUCCUUUCACAUUCAUUUUACGUUACAUCCUUCCAUUUCACGGUCCAGAUAGAUGAUCACAAAAUAUGUAGCAAGCUGUAUUGUUUAAAGCAGGGGCGUAACUAUAGGGAGGGCAGGGUGUACAGCCGCUCUAGGGCCCAUGGUGAGAGGGGGCCCACAACGGUCAACCAAAAGAAACCAUAAAAAUGGCCACAGGCCCAAGGGGUGAUGAAAAUCGAUCAAGGCCCCCCUAGGAGGGGUCCCGAAAGUAUCUUUGCACCGGGACCUGCAAGAUCCAAAUGAAGCCACUGGCUAUAGGGGUUGCUAUUGCCCAUUCAGUGCCUUCGUAUGGCGAGAAAGUGGAGGGAAGGAAGGACGCUGCUUUAGAUUAAUCUGUUUCAAGAGACUCAAUGAGGAGCUAUAAGCAGGCACUGUAGUACAAUUCUACAAUGAAAUGUUCACACAGUUAAGCACUGAUGCUUGAUUAUUCUCAGGAUCAGUAUACUCAUGUCACAUUCCAUACUCAGGUCUAUUUAUGGCUAUAGUUUUAGAUUCAGCAAGGGUUCAGGUUGUGGCUAAACCAUUCAUCUAAAAGUAAUGCCGAUUUGAUCAUGGUCUCAAAUCUAUCCGUUAAAUUGAUUCCAUAUGAAACUGUAGCACAAUAGGUGUUGUUGGUUUAUUUAUGUCACUGUUCAUUCACAUUUCCUUAAAUUCACUCACAUUGUUUUGGACCCAUAUUGGAACAGAUAAUGAAUCAUAUUAAUUAUUUUUAUUUUUUAUUUAUAUAUUAUAAUAUUUUAUGUAUCAGAUCACUGUUGUGCAGCAACAGUUGUACUGCUAAAAAGAAAUUUCCUUUUACAAAUAUUGUCUUUGAAUCAUUCAUUUGUUGUCCUGAUGAAAUGUGCAUCAACCUACAAUCUAAUGCACAAUGAUUACAAAUGUUUAUCACUGGUGUUUAGCACCAUCAUUUUCAAAAUCUCUGCUGAACUGACAUUACGCUGGUACAGCUUUACCCUCCAAAUAAGUCUGUGAUUGGAUUUGAUGUUAUCAGAGGGCAUUCGUAUUGAGCAAUGUAAACCAAUGUAACCGUAUGCCUUUAUGUUUGUGGGUCUAAUAUAGAACUAAUCCGUUUGUUUUUUAGCUUUGUUAGUUUGGUGAAUAAUUCAUAGCGUUUUAUAAUUAUAAGUGUGUUCAUUGUUAGGCUUUCGAAUGUACGAUCAUUCUUCUUAGUGGUGGAAAUUGAAUUUUAGCGUGAAAUGUGGUCAUCAUGCUGAAGAAAUAGCACCUUUUGAUAUUUGCCCAUCUCAGUGCUUUUCCCCUUGAAAUGUUUUUAUUUUUUAUGAAUCUGUUGUGGAUUUAUUAAAUUUAUGUUUAACUUUGAUUUAAAGGAAAAUAAUUUUUUGUGAUUUUAAAUGAUGUGCUUUAGUUGGUUGUUUCUAGAAUCCACUUGAUUCAUGUAAUCAAAUGCCAUUUUAAAUUAAAUUUUGUGAAAUUUCUGGACAUUGGUACAUGAUAUUUUGCUCCCUACUACAAUUUUAUUUUCACUUUUUCUUAUUUAUUGAUAAUACGUCUUUAAGAUGAUUGUAAUGCUUUAAAAAGCAUUCUGUCAAUUGUAAUUACAAUACUUACUUUUUUGUCUAAUUGGACAGUGAUGAACUAAUGUUGCUACACCUCAUCUAUCACUUCAGACUUGAGCAAUUAUAAUCAAUUUGGCAAAAUUGUUCCCAAAAGAACUGUAACAAUAAUAUGUCUUAAAACAUUUGAAAUGUUUUAUUAUUUUAGGUUUUUUUUAUUUUAUUAUUAUUGUAUUAUAGUUUUACCAUAUUUACAUGGUUUAGUUUGUGAUAGGUUUUCCAGAUGACUUAAUUUAUAAUGUAUCCAAGACAUAGAAUACUUGGAAUUUAAAAUCAUUAAGCUGGAAAAUUCUAUCCAUUUUAAAUCACCAAAAGAUAUAAUAUGCGAAAUAAUGACACCAUAAAAUACAUUUUCUAAUAAAUAUGCACAACGUUCUGCUGCAUAGAUACUGUGUAUGAAACUGAACUAUUACCAUAAUGUAAGACACCUAAAUGGGAUUUUAUCAGAAGCACAGUUAUAAUAUUUUAUUAAUCAAUAACCUUGUAUGGAUCUCUUUAGACCCCAUCAGAUGUUUGAUUUAUUCUACUUGUUCAUUGGAAAAUUAGGUAAACUGAUCCCACCAUUUGUUUUAUCAGAUAUAUUCUUUCUCAUGAUACAAUGUGUGUUGCUCUUUUUUUUUUUAAUGGGUUUAUGUAAUUGUUUUAAAAAGUAAUUACUUUGAACUUUUCCAUUUUUAACUGUGCACAUUGAUUAGAAGUUGAAUGUUGAUUAAAAGUUGAAUGGUCAGGGUUCUUUUUUUUUUUUUAUGAUUUACAUUGGCUGGAGAGGGGUAAAGUGUAUUUUAUUGACACCCAAUAAGUUUGGUGUACUGUUUUCUUUUUUUCUUUUUAAAUUUUAGCAGUUUGUUGUCAGCUUUCUGCAAUUCAUUUCACUAUUUUACCAUGUGGAUGAAAAAAUGCAUAUAUGAAAAUUAGCAAAUUGUUCAACGCUUCAAUUGUCUUGUUCAACUGUGCAUGUAAUUAUUGCGUUCAAGUCAUUUUGCAUUCUUCUGCUUUUACCAUCUACGUUUUUUGUGUUAGUCAAGGAAUGCACAUGUGGACUUAGGUCACCAAGUAUAAGUUACUAUCAAGUGCAUGUGACGUUGUAAUUUUGUUUAAAAAGUCUUGUCUGGUUUAUCAUCCAGGUAUGAUUAGUCAAGUAAUGAUGGUUAAUCAAAGUAGAAUGUAUCGCAUUUUAUGAUGAAAUGCUUAAUAUCAGAUCAAAAUGUAUUUCUUGUGAGCUAUGUUCCUGUUAAAAUGGCACAUUAUUAAAUUUAAAGCAGAUGUUUUAUUUCUAAAUUCAUUUCAUUUAGCUACUCUUGUCAGUUAAGUGCAAAUAAUUGUACGAUUUUGCAAGAACCAAAUUGAAAUGAGAUUGUUGGUCACCAUGCCCUUGUAUGACCAUGUUAUCUUUUUUGUUGUUUGAAGAAGGGUGAAUGAGAUAUGAAAGUGUUUUGUAUCAUUUUAUUUAGUUUUUUUUUCUCUUCUCUGGACUGGUUUUGCUGCUAAUGUUUGUCUUAGGCUCCUUUUGAGUUUUAUGAAACUGGCCCACUUAAAGAUGAUUCCAAUUUGCUGCCAUUGAGAAAAAGCUGCUUUUGCAUUUUUGUUUCUGUAUCUGCCUGACGUUUUCAUAUUUUUGUAAAAUAAAUAUUCCA